CUUUCUCUUCCUGCAUCUAUAGGAUAAAUAUCUUAAAAUUGUAAUCUAAACCAAUAAUUAAAAAAGCAGAGAUGAAGAGAAACCAAACAGUAAGUUUCCUUUUUACUGGACUACAAGUGUGGCAUUUGGAGCACCCUCUCUGAAUUUGAGCUGAAAGAAUUCAUCGGACAAGCUAUGAGACAUCAUCAGGGCAACAGUGGAAAAAAGGAAAUCUGAUUUUUGUGUGUGUGCUUUUGUUUUAAGUAAUUAUUUUCCUCUCUUGAAUCCUAGAAGACUUGCAGAUGAGUGGGAGAUUACUUAUGUGCUUAAUUCUGGGACUUGUUUUUACACCAGGAUGGAAAAAAACAUGUGAUCUUUGUAGCAGAAUAGGGGAAAAAUAACUGGGGGAGUUCAAAGUGGGAGUGGAAGUGGGGGAAGAAUCAAAACUGAAGUGUAGCCCUGUUUUAAAAGAGAGGACUUAUGAUUCACUCAAGGCAAAUGCUUUUUACUGCAUUAAAAGCUUUAGAGCAUUUCUGAUUCUGCUAAAUGAAAGAGGGUUUUUCUUUUUUUGUGCCUCUAUGGCAGCAAGAAGUGAGAAAGCAGGCGAAAAAACGUGAUAAACAGUUCAGGGUAUGUUAAGUUCCAGGUGGAAGCAAAGACCUGCCAUGAAUGCGGGACUGGCUUUGAAUUACAAAAGCCAUAGAAUUCAGUGGGUUUCCUGGUUCUAAAGGGAGAAGGAAACGCCCUUUCUUUCCCAAAUUUGGACUGGUGUGCACCUACCUGCACAAGCUCUGGUCUGUUUUGCACGGUUUGUGUGCCUUUUUUUCCCUUUAUGCAAUCUUUUUCAGCUUUAGCAGCAGAAAUUCGUCUAGUUCAGAAAACAUGCCAGAGGGUGGCUCAGAAAAAAAGAUGAUUAUGUAUAUUCAAUUUCUGCAUUUGAACUCCUGAAGAGAAAAUCCAACUAGAGGAAUUCUUAAAGCCUUAAGUUACUUGAAAUCUACACAUUUGCAACCCUUUGUCUCUGGAAUCUGUAAACUGGAAUCUCAGGCUGUAUAAAGAUAAACAAGUUGAGCAAAAAGAAGACGCACCUGUUUCUUGAUCACCACUUCUUAAUCAUGCUGUUUCUCCAAAGGAUAAGUGAACCCUCACUCUAAGGACUCGAAAAUAAAAAUGAACCUGAAGUUUUUUUUAAGUGUUACUUUUUCUUAGCAGACUGCCAUCAUCUUUUAUAGAGGAAUUUUUCACUAUGCAUUUGGUGGAUAUUUAUAUAACACUGACCCUAUGAUGUGUGCCAGGUCAGUAUUUAUGAUUUAAAGGAGAAAAAAAGAGCAAAUCAAACCAACAAAAGAGAAAUUGGUUUAAAUUUUUCUGCACUAAACAUUAAUUUUUUUGUAAAAAUAUUAAUAAAAAAGCAUGUAUGCAGCGGUGGAACAUGGGCCUGUCCUUUGCAGCGAUUCAAACAUUCUAUGCCUCUCCUGGAAGGGUAGAGUUCCCAAGAGUGAGAAGGAGAAGCCAGUGUGCAGGCGGCGGUAUUAUGAAGAAGGAUGGCUGGCUACCGGCAACGGUCGAGGAGUCGUCGGGGUGACGUUCACUUCAAGCCACUGUAGGAGGGAUAGAAAUACUCCUCAGAGAAUAAACUUCAACUUGAGAGGCCAUAACAGUGAGGUUGUACUGGUAAGGUGGAAUGAACCAUUCCAGAAAUUGGCUACCUGUGAUUCAGAUGGAGGAAUAUUUGUAUGGAUUCAGUAUGAAGGCAGGUGGUCUGUAGAACUGGUGAAUGACCGAGGGGCACAGGUCAGUGAUUUCACAUGGAGUCAUGAUGGAACUCAAGCUCUUAUAUCAUAUCGAGAUGGAUUUGUGUUGGUUGGUUCUGUCAGUGGACAAAGACAUUGGUCAUCAGAGAUUAAUUUGGAAAGUCAGAUCACAUGUGGCAUUUGGACUCCAGAUGACCAACAGGUACUGUUUGGCACUGCUGAUGGGCAAGUGAUUGUUAUGGACUGCCAUGGCAGGAUGUUGGCACAUGUUCUCCUUCAUGAGUCAGAUGGAAUCCUGAGCAUGUCCUGGAACUAUCCCAGUUUCCUGGUAGAAGAUAGCAGUGAAAGUGACACAGAUUCUGAUGACUAUUCCCCACCUCAAGAUGGUCCAGCAGCAUAUCCCAUACCGGUGCAGAACAUCAAACCAUUGCUUACUGUCAGCUUCACUUCGGGAGACAUUAGCUUAAUGAACAACUAUGAUGAUUUGUCUCCUACUGUCAUCCGCUCAGGGUUGAAAGAGGUUGUCGUCCAGUGGUGCACACAGGGAGAUUUGCUUGCAGUAGCUGGCAUGGAAAAACAGAACCAACUAGUUGAAAUUGCCAGUGGUACCUUUCUGAAGAGUGCCCUGGUCAAAUUCUAUAAUGUUCGUGGAGAGCACAUCUUCACGCUGGAUACACCUGUGCAACGUCCCAUAAUCUCAAUUUGUUGGGGCCACCGGGACUCACGCCUACUUAUGGCAUCUGGACCUGCCUUGUAUGUGGUUCGUGUAGAACACCGGGUCUCUAGUCUUCAACUCCUGUGCCAGCAGGCUAUUGCCAGCUCCAUUAGGGAUGACAAGGAUAUCAGCAAGUUAACCUUGCCACCAAGGCUGUGCUCAUACCUCACUACUGCCUUCAUUCCAACAAUUAAGCCCCCUAUCCCAGACCCCAACAACAUGAGAGACUUUGUCAGCUACCCAACUGCCGGUAACGAAAGACUCCAUUGCACCAUGAAACGGACCGAGGAUGACCCAGAAGUCGGGGGCCCUUGUUAUACACUCUACUUGGAAUAUCUUGGUGGAUUAGUGCCCAUCCUGAAAGGGCGUCGUAUUAGCAAGCUUCGACCAGAAUUUGUCAUCAUGGAUCCAAAAACAGAUGGCAAAACAGAUGAAAUCUAUGGAAACAGUUUGAUUUCUACCAUGAUUGACAGCUGUAACUGUUCAGACUCCAGCGAUAUUGAGCUGAGUGAUGAUUGGGCUGCCAAGAAAUCUCCCAAAAUCUCCAGGGCUAGCAAAUCACCUAAACUCCCCCGAAUCAACAUUGAAGCCCGAAAAUCUCCAAAGUUAUCCCGAGCUGCUCAAGAGAUAUCCAGGUCCCCAAGGUUACCAAUUAGGAAACCUUCAAUUGGCUCACCAAGCCUAACUCGGAGAGAGUUUCCAUUAGAAGAUAUCACUCAGCACAACUAUCUUGCUCAGGUUACAUCUAAUAUCUGGGGAACCAAAUUUAAGAUUGUAGGUUUGGCUACUUUCCUGCCAACUAACCUUGGUGCAGUAAUCUAUAAAACCAGCCUGCUGCAUCUUCAGCCUAGGCAGAUGACCAUAUAUCUCCCAGAAGUACGCAAGAUUUCCAUGGAUUAUAUUAAUUUACCUGUCUUCAACCCUAAUGUUUUCAGUGAGGAUGAAGAUGAUUUGCCAGUUCCUGGAGCAUCUGGAGUACCUGAGAACAAUCCUCCUUGCACCGUGAACAUCCCCAUUGCCCCUAUUCACAGCUCAGCACAAGCUAUGUCUCCCACACAGAGCAUAGGGCUGGUACAGUCCCUACUUGCAAAUCAGAAUGUGCAGUUGGACGUCCUAACCAAUCAAACAUCAUCUGUGGGAGCGGCUGACCAUGCCAGUGACAGCACCAUCCAGUACCCAGUCCCCAAUAGAUAUUCCAGCCCAGGACAGGUGAUUUUUGGAGGAGUAGAAAUGGGACGGAUGAUUCAGGCACCUCCUCAGCUGUCCCUCCCGCCACAGGGGGCAAUCCAGCUGUCUAUGGGGGAUCAUGGAGACAGAGAACAUGAGCACCUGCAGAAGGCAACAAAGGCCCUGAGACCAGUACAGCAGCUGGCAGCGGAAGGGGAUGCUGUGGUCUUCACCACUACUCAAGAGAUCCAGAUGAAUAAAUUGAACCCACCACCCCCUUACCCGGGAACUAUCCCAGCUGCUCCCACUACUGCAGCCCCUCCCCCACCACUGCCUCCACCUCAGCCCCCUGUGGAUGUUUGUCUGAAAAAGGGAGACUUCUCUCUUUUCCCCUCUUCAGGACAUUACCAAACCCCUCUCGGCUAUGAGAGGAUCACCACCUUUGACAGCAGUGGUAAUGUGGAGGAAGUGUGUCGGCCUCGGACUCGGAUGCUGUGUACCCAGAACACUUAUACCCUUCCGGGUCCUGGAAGCUCAGCCACCUUGAGGAUCACGGCCACUCAAAAGAAGGCCCCACAGCCCUGUUCCAGUGCAACCCUCAACCGGUUAACUGUCCCCCGCUACUCCAUCCCAUCUGGGGACCCACCACCAUAUCCAGAAAUUGCUAGCCAGCUGGCACAGGGGCGAGGAGCUGCCCAGAGAUUAGAUAGCAGCCUUAUCCACGCAACGCUGCGCAGGAACAACCGAGACGUAGCUCAGAAGAUGGCUCAACUGGCAGAUAGUCAGCGGGCUACCCUACAGCACCCACCGAAGCCUAAGAGUAGUGUGGUAACUGCCCAGUACCAGCCAAGGCCGCCCGCUGCUCUGUACACCUGUAGCCAGUGCAGUGGCGGUGGAAGUGGUGCAAAUAGUGGUGGAGGAAGUGUGGGUAGUGCUGGUGCCAGCAGUGGCACAUCCGGGCUCAGUGGUGGCAUGCGGCCUGACCUGAGCUCAGUGGGCAGCUCCCAGCACAGCUCAGUCAUAGCGCACUCGGUCAGCACUUCACCCUUGGCCUCCCAGUCUUCAUACAAUUUAUUGAGCCCACCUGACAGCUCUCGUGAUCGGACAGACUAUGUCAACUCUGCCUUCACAGAGGAUGAGGCCCUCUCCCAGCACUGUCAGGUGGAAAAGUCUGUUAGGCAUGCAGCUCUAGCUGAGGCAACUAUGGGAGUGAAACGGCCACCCCCUUACCAAUGGGACCCUGUGUUGGGAGAGGAUAUUUGGGUUCCUCAGGAAAGGACAGCACAGAGUUCAGUGCCCAACCCCCUGAAACCACCACCUCUGAUGAUUGGUCAGGCCCAGCACCUAGAUGUGUCCCGAGUGCCCUUUGUUUCCCCCAAGUCUCCAACCAGCCCUACUGCCACUUUCCAGACAGGCUAUGGGAUGGGAGUACCUUUUCCAGGAAGCUAUAAUAAUCCCCCUUUGCAGGGAAUGCAGGCUCCCUGCUCCCCUAAAGAAGCCCUGUCCCCAACACAAUUUGCACAACAGGAGCCCACUGUAGUACUUCAGCCAGGGUACUCAUCCAACCUUUCCUAUUGCCCCUUGCCACCCAUGUACCCAGGAAGCAGCACAUGUUCUAGUUUACAGCUGCCACCCAUUGCCUUGCAUCCUUGGAAUUCUUACAGUGCGUGCCCACCUGUACAGAACUCCCAGGGCACUCUUCCUCCCAAAUCACACUUGGUUGUGGAAAAGCCCAUUGUAUCCCCACCUCCAGCUGAGCACCAAGGCCACCUGGGUACAGAAGUGAUGGUGGAGACUGCAGACAAUUUCCAGGAAGUCCUUUCCUUGACAGAAAGCCCUAUCCCACAGAGGACAGAUAAAUUUGGGAAGAAGAACCGUAAGCACCUGGACAGCCGUGCUGAAGAAGGGAACGUCCAGGCCAUCACAGAGGGCAAGGGGAAGAAGGAGGCAAGGACUUUGAGUGACUUCAACUCCCUCAUCUCCAGCCCCCGACUUGGGAGAGAGAAAAAGAAAGUGAAGAGCCAGAAGGACCAGUUGAAGUCAAAGAAGCUCAAUAAGACAAAUGAAUUUCAGGACAGCUCUGAGAGUGAGCCAGAACUGUUUAUCAGUGGGGACGAGCUAAUGAACCAGAGCCAAGGAAGCAAAAAGGGGUGGAAAACCAAAAGGAGUCUGAGGACAGCCAGUGAGCUGGAGGAAUUCAAGUGCCGGAAAGCUAAUGAAAAGGAGGACGGGAGGUUGGGGAGUCAGGGAUUUGUGUAUGUGAUGGCUAACAAGCAGCCUUUGUGGAAUGAGGCGACACAGGUGUACCAGCUGGACUUUGGAGGGCGAGUGACCCAAGAAUCUGCAAAAAACUUCCAGAUUGAGUUGGAAGGGAGGCAGGUAAUGCAGUUUGGAAGGAUUGAUGGCAACGCUUACAUUUUGGACUUUCAGUACCCCUUUUCUGCUGUCCAGGCGUUUGCAGUUGCUCUGGCUAAUGUGACUCAGCGCCUCAAAUGAAAAAAAAACAUGACUCAGAGGAGAAAGAAACACAAAGAAACCUUUUCACAGAAGUCCGAUCCAGAAAAUGCUGGCAGACCCAGUGUCGGGUGUAACAGAGGUGCCUGUGCGGACCAGAAGACAACAGCAAACUGGAAACGUCUAUCCGGCCCCCCAGAGAGGCCACUGAACUCUAAUUGUUACUGUUUAUUUGGGUUUUUAGUAUCCUUUAUCUUUUUUUUAUGAAAACAAAAUAUAGUGCUGGUGUUUGAGAGCAAAGGGCUGGAACCAUUCAUUGUUAUGUUGGGAAGUGUAGCUUUGGCUUGUGGUAAUGGUUCUAUUGUGU